AUGGUAAAUGCUCAAGCUGCUGCAUAUGAGUACAUGGCCGCAUACAUAGAAAAUGCCAAACAGGUUGGCCGUCUUGAGAAUGCAAUUGGCUGGUAUCACAGCCACCCUGGGUAUGGCUGUUGGCUUUCUGGAAUUGAUGUGAGCACACAGAUGCUAAACCAGCAGUUCCAGGAACCUUUUGUAGCAGUUGUGAUUGAUCCAACAAGAACAAUAUCUGCAGGGAAAGUGAAUCUUGGAGCUUUUAGGACAUACCCAAAGGGCUAUAAGCCUCCUGAUGAAGGACCUUCUGAAUAUCAAACUAUCCCACUAAAUAAAAUAGAAGAUUUUGGUGUACAUUGUAAACAAUACUAUGCCUUAGAAGUCUCAUAUUUCAAGUCAUCUUUGGAUCGAAAAUUACUUGAGCUGUUAUGGAAUAAAUACUGGGUGAAUACGCUGAGUUCCUCUAGCUUACUUACUAAUGCAGACUAUACCACUGGUCAAGUGUUUGAUUUGUCUGAAAAGUUAGAACAGUCAGAAGCUCAACUGGGCCGAGGAAGUUUCAUGUUGGGUUUAGAAACACAUGACCGAAAGUCAGAAGACAAACUUGCCAAAGCUACAAGAGACAGCUGUAAAACCACCAUAGAAGCCAUCCAUGGAUUGAUGUCUCAGGUUAUUAAGGAUAAACUAUUUAAUCAAAUUAACAUCGCUUAAACAGUCACUGAGUAGUGCUU